AUGGCUAUUAAUCUUUACGUCAUGUUUGCCGUGGCCAUGACUUUAUCAAGUCUCGCAGCGUCAUUUCCGUCUUUGAACGAUUUCGACGAACACGACGAACAUCAAGAUCAUUCGCAAGUGUCAAAUUCUUAUCACUUCAAGUACGCCGUUCACGACCCGGUGACCGGUGACAAGAAAAGCCACAACGAAGUUAGUGACGGACAUGGCACGGUCAAGGGGACGUACAGUCUAGUCGAACCAGACGGUUCCAUUCGUGUGGUGGAGUACACGGCUGAUGACGUACACGGCUUCAGAGCUGAAGUCAAGAAAAUACAACCUCAGCAUAAACCCUCGUCUACAGAUCACACAUUCGACUUGGCAGAGCAUAAUGUGCCAUAUUUCCCAAACCCGACAAAUGAUUUAGAAGAACACUACGAACAUGAAAUGAUUUCGUCAAACUGA